GUGUACUGCUGCUCCGAAAUGCCACUCUCUGGUCUGCAACCAGACUGAACUUAACUUGAUUGUGACACAGUACUAGUCCACUGCAGUUAAGUCAGCAGAUCAUAAUUUUUCCGCUUCUCUCUGGUCUGUAACACCAUGAUGGUGCUGCUCUGCGCAGUCGUCAGAUAAGUGGCACCACAGUGGCACUGUUCAGCGUUGGCUGUCAUUUGAUGUCACAUUGGUAGCAUGUUGUUAGUCUGGUCUGUUGGCCGGGCCCCCCCCUCCUCCGUUGUUUAGUCUGUGACAUCGGUUUUGGUGUUUCACCACUCGGUGUUGUAUCUAUGACAUUUUCUCACCUUAUUCUCCACUGUUUUGCUGGUGACAUCAAAAUGGUCAUAAUGACAUUGAAUCAUAUACAUAGAAGGCCUCUGUUUUCUAACUGCUGUUUCUUUUGGAAUUAGAAGUUAUUGUUUAAGGUUUAAGGCAUGUGUCACACUCUUCACAGGCUACACAGUUUUGGACCAUAGACUAAGACCAUCAUGAUUUUUUUUAAUUCUUAUCAUCUUAUUCUGCUCUUGUUGUUGUUGUUCUUGCUGUGACAUUCAAGACGGCUUCAAAAAGCAUAUGCUUGUCAGAUUAAGAAUUCCUACCUAAAUUAGUCCCAUUCUUUUUCUUACAGUUAUCAAUAGUCAAUUAAAAUGUGAAGGCCCAGGUGUUUAAAGAACAGACUGGAACAACCAGUCAAAUGUCUCGUAAUUGAAUGAAGGCUUUUGUUUAGGCAGUCUGACUCUUCCUGUCCACCCUUUCUCCACCUUCAUAAAUUGCCAGGCCUGUUUUCUGAAAUCAAACAGACCUCCAGAGCACCUCACCACCUCUCACCUCCCUGACAUUUAGAGUCACGGUGAACCUUUUUAAAUAUUAGUGCUGAGAUGGUUUCAGGAAUAUCACCUCACAGAAGUGAUGCAGCUCUAAUUCUCUCAAGUGAAUUGAUGGACGAUAACCUGCUUCACAUCUGAAGCGCUGUUAGUAAAGACUGUGCCUUCAUUAAUUAGCAGAUAACCUUUAUGUAAGUGGUGCAGGCUAAGAAAAUGAUUGGUUUGCUAUUGUUGUGCCUCAUCCUUGGCAAACCACCUAUUGUCCCCUUGAAUAAUUGAGACCAGUGGAUUUUGCCUGUUUUAUUUUUUUCCUUCAUCAGCAACUAGCUACUAGUUUUGUCCCCAAGAUCAAUUGCCUUAGUAACACGACCAGAGAGCGAGAGAGAGGGAGGGAGAGAGAAUGAGAUAGAGAUAGAGAGAGAGAGAGAGGGAGCGAUUUGUGCCCACAAUGGCGACUGUAGGUAUGCUAAAUACCUCUGGUUCCUUAUCCGGGAACUACCUCUUACUCUGCUAUUGGGCCAGUGGGUCACGUGGUAAAAGUAACUUUACAGGGCUGCUCGCAAGUAGGAGGGCUUUAUGGAGCAGAAAAACGACAAAGCUAGAAAAAUUAUUUUCCACUCCAGAAAUUAAUGAUCAUGAGCUCGUAUUUGAUGGAGUCUAACUACAUUGAUCCGAAAUUUCCUCCAUGCGAGGAAUAUUCGCAAAAUAACUACAUCCCCGAGCACAGUCCAGAGUAUUACAGCCGCGCAAGGGACACUGGCUACCAGCAUCACCACCAGGAGUUAUAUCCUCCGCGGGCGAGCUACCAAGAGCGCCAGUAUAACUGUGCAAGCAUCCCCGAACCUGACACGCCACGGGGACAUGGAAUACCCCAUUCCGCGCACCUGCUGACAGGGAAAGGGCAACCUGCUUCAUGUGAAACCCCACAGUUAUCCAUGUCCCCCGCCACCCCACCGGCCGCUACCUCCGCCUGCAACCAAGCUACCCCGGAGCAUCCAAACAGCACAGCCUCCUCCAAGCAGCCCGUGGUGUACCCAUGGAUGAAGAAAAUUCACGUCAGCACUGUGAACUCGGGUUACAAUGGGACGGAGCCCAAGCGGUCUAGGACAGCAUACACCCGGCAGCAGGUCUUAGAAUUGGAGAAGGAAUUCCACUAUAACCGAUAUUUAACUCGGCGGAGGCGCAUCGAGAUCGCCCACACCCUGGUUCUCUCCGAGCGACAGAUUAAAAUCUGGUUUCAGAAUCGCAGGAUGAAAUGGAAAAAGGAUCACAGGCUCCCGAACACCAAAGUGAGGUCCUCCUCCUCCUCCUCCGGGUCCAGCACAAGCUCAGCAGCCGGCGCUGUUGCCGCUGCCUCAGCCACUAACACUGGGGCCCCCGACGAACUCACCGGAGCACAGCAUGGCGAGGAUAUUACCAGGUCAAGAAACGCAGGCUGCUCAUCGAAAUGUUGUCUGAGGAAAUAUCGCAGAAGCUGCUUCGGGCGCCCCAAGUUGCAGGUGGAUCUCUCGGCAACUCCAGAGCUCGGUCAUUGGAGGACGGCCGCACGUGACUACGGCACCCUUCUGUUCCAGGCUGAACCCAGCUGAACAGUUUCAGAGCCCACUGGAGCCUCUGGUUCACUGCCAUGCCAAGGGCAAGGUGGACAUCAAGAGCAGGAGCUGCAGUCUAGUCACCAUCUG